UUUGUCACUCUGUCUAUGUUGUUCCCUCUUUCUUGUGCUGCUCCAUCAACUAACUGCACCCUCCUGGGACAGGGUAGCAUGUGUGUCUGUGUGAGUGUGUGUGGGUUGAUGUGUUUGUAUGCAUUCCUAGUCCUUUAACAAUAGCCCUGUAUGUAUGUGUGGUUUAUUAUGUAAUGCUGUGUUAUUUGAAUGAUAUAAAAAUGAUUAUUUAAAUCUGUUGUUCCUCAUGUUUCAGUUACUGGAAACAUGUUGAAUGAAUCACCGGCUGCUUUAAUGUGCUUGAUCUUUUAGUAGCUACAGUGGCUUACUACUGGAGUAUUUUGUUUUUAAAAUGUUUGUGUGUUUGUACCAAUCUCUAUUUGAGAUCAUUCAAGUGGAUUACCACUAAAUUUGAAAUAUGUCUUUGUUUCACCACAGAGUGAACACAAAAAAGCAGAAAUUGUAAAUUAAGCAAUAUAUCUCUUUAAGGGAAUUUCUCCAAACCCAUUCUCUCUGUGCACACACACGCGUGCACACACACACACACAGAAUCAUGCACACGUGUACUCACAUACGUUCAUACACACACAGUGAAGUAGGGAGAGGUUUGCUGGAUCUGAGUGUGGGUGCAUUCCUGGCUAUAAUGGGCUAACUAGAUCAUACACACACACACACACACACACACAGACAUACACACACUGGAAGCAGAAAGAGACCAAGAGUUAGACCAGUCAAACUUAGAAACCAUCUACUCUCUGUAGAACAAAAACCACAUGAGCCUGAAAAUGAACCAACAACAAUGGACUUCACAGUUUAAACUGUGAGAAAUGGUAAAAAUCUUUGUAAAAUAUUUCUUAAUAUAUGGACGCACAAUAGAGCUGCAAAUUUAAAGGGGCAAUAAAAAAGUCAGAAAAUAACUCAUAUGGAAAGAGUAAUAAAGCUGACUGGGGAAAAACACUAUGGAAAGAUUGAAACGAUUUUCUGUUUUUUGUUUUAUUAAAUUAACAAAAGCAGAUGAAAACCACAUUUUGUAAAAUGCUACGCUGUGCUCAUGAUCUGUCUUUCUAGUAAUGCAUAUUUUAGUGGCAGCUUUCUUCACAAAUCAUGCCUGUUUUAAUUCCUCUAAUAUACACUAUUAUACACACUGCAGCUGAUUAAAACUGUAGUCAUGUGUUUCUUUUGUGUUAACCGUGAAGUAUGUGGUAAAUAGAGUUACUUGAGAAAGCUGACACCUCUCUUGUGUCUGUCAUCUUGAUAAUUACACCGCGACAACCAGUAGCCAGUUAGCUUAGCUUACCAUAAUCAGCAGCCAGUCAGUUAGCUUAAGGACUGGCAGCAGAGGCAGUCAGUCUGUCUGGUAGUGAGAAUUUAGAUCUUGAGCAUCUUGAGCUUGAGAGAAAACCUUUAGGGAUACUAAUUAGCAGAUGGCUAGAGCCAGUGUGGUCGUUCAGUGUUAAAGCUAAGCUACGCUAACUGCCUCUUGAAUGUAGUUUCAUCUUUACCACACCAAUGGGAGAGUGGUAUCCAAUCCCACAUCCUACUCUAAAGACAAACAACUGAUAAAAGCAACAAACUAAGACCAGCCUCAUUUAAGACGAAUGGCUGUAACUGGCUUGGUUUUAGGAGAGAUGGAAACCAGUUGAAGUGGGAGGAGAACUAGAUUCUUGCUAAGUCUCAGCAAGAACGCAUCAAAGUACUACUUUGUCAAACAUACCGUAAAUACAGAUUUUAUUUUCAGAUUCAUUAUCAUUGGCAAUUUUCCAGUGUUUUUAUUCCUCGGUAGAGCUUUCUCCUAGAUUAUUCUACAUGGCAGGUUGUGUGGAAAUAUCUCGAGAAAAUCAUCAGCCAUAAUUUGGGGACGUGUUCCCACAGAGCCUGAUAAAUCCCCACUAGAGUGGCAAGGAAGGCAAGGCUCUUUAGGACAGCAGAUGUUUGACUCUGGUUUCCAACAGCUGAGUCUGCACACUGAUUUUAUUUUAAACACCGCCAUCUGGUUGGGAUAGACUUGGUCCAUCUCUCUCCGUCGUUUUCCUGCUGGCAGUUUUCUUGGCCUAUCUGUCUGAUCUGUGUGUACACUUGAUCCUAAACGCUGCCAUCUGCUUACUUGAUGGCUACACACUCUAUUUCUUUCUCUUCUCCCGUCAGUCUCUCCCUCUGUUUCCUUUUUCCUUUUUUUGUUUGGUCUUGUCUUCUUGUCCUAUAUUUUACUCCCCACUUGUCUCCCUUGAACUCUCUUCUGUCUUAGUUUCCAUCCCCACUGCAGCUUCUCCCUGCACCCCAGCGGCUCUUGCACAGACAGAUAUGCACAACACAUGCUCAGCUGACAUUCUCUGCCAAGUGUGUGUGUGUGUGUGUGAGUGAGAGAGAGAGAGAGAGAGUGAGCGAGCGAAAGAGAGAGAGAGAGAGAGAGGGAGAGAGGAGCUACGUGGGUGUUGCUUUGCAGGAGUUGUCAAAACACAGUUUGUUUUAAGAGUUAGCGUCUUUGUGUUAAGGUUUUUGUGGAGUUCUAUUUUUUGUUGGACCAUUCAGGGAGCUUUUGUAUCAUAGUGGACGUACGAGACUGAUGACUAUGCAGAGAUAGUCGAUGAAGAGGACACGUACACCAUGCCCUCCAUGAGCUAUGGACUAGUUGAAGCUCGGGACUAUGAGAUCCAGAGAGACAGGAUAGAGUUGGGCCGCUGCAUUGGAGAGGGUCAGUUUGGAGAUGUGCACCAAGGAGUCUAUAACAGCCCGGACAAACCAGCUCUACCUGUCGCCAUUAAGACCUGUAAGAACUGUACCUCAGACAGUGUCAGAGAAAAGUUCCUUCAAGAAGCAUUGACGAUGCGUCAGUUUGACCAUCCUCACAUUGUUAAGCUUAUCGGGGUGAUAACAGAGAACCCGGUGUGGAUCAUCAUGGAGCUCUGUACUCUCGGAGAGUUGCGUUCAUUCCUUCAGGUGAGGAAGUACAAUCUGGACCUGGCCACUCUCAUUCUGUUUGCCUACCAGCUCAGUACAGCACUGGCCUAUCUGGAGAGCAAACGCUUUGUUCACAGGGACAUCGCAGCCCGUAAUGUGUUGGUCUCAUCAGUGGACUGUGUGAUGCUCGGAGACUUUGGUCUGUCACGAUACAUGGAGGACAGCUCUUACUACAAAGCUUCUAAAGGUAAACUUCCUAUCAAGUGGAUGGCACCUGAAUCUAUCAACUUCAGGAGGUUCACUUCAGCCAGUGAUGUCUGGAUGUUUGGUGUUUGCAUGUGGGAGAUCUUGAUGUACGGCAUCAAGCCCUUCCAGGGAGUCAAGAACAAUGAUGUGAUUGGCAGGAUAGAGAACGGUGAGCGACUGGCCAUGCCUCCUCAGUGCCCACCCACACUCUACAGUUUAAUGACCAAAUGCUGGUCAUAUGACCCGAGCAAGAGGCCACGAUUCACUGAACUCAAAACACAGCUCAGCACCAUACUGGAGGAAGAGAAACUGCAACAAGAGGAGAGACUUCGAAUGGAGAUGAGGAGACAAGUCACUGUGUCCUGGGACUCUGGAGGGUCUGACGAAGCACCGCCUAAACCCAGUAGACCAGGUUACCCCAGUCCUCGCUCUAGUGAAGGCUUCUUCUCCAGCCCCCAGCACAACCACUUUCAGCCAUCAGCCCAUGGUGGAGUAGGAGGCAACUACCCUCCUGCAGAGUCCUGGAAUCAACUCAGACCUGAACACACUGCACUGUGGAGCCCUAACAUGGAGGAAAGUGGGUGUGUUGGCCAUGCACUGAUGGAGGAGAGGCUGAUGAUGCAGCAGCAGCAGAUGGAGGAUGACCAGCGGUGGCUGGAGCAGGAGGAAAGCUUCAUGAAGACAGAGUCUAGAAACAGCAGAGGAAGCAUUGACAGAGAGGAUGGCACACUACAAGCACCGAGUGGAAGCCAACACAUCUACCAGCCUGUAGGGAAACCAGAACAUGUAGCUCCUCCUAAGAAGCCACCCCGUCCCGGAGCUCCUGGUCACCUGGGCAACCUGGCCAGUCUCUGCCCUGUGGACAGCUACAAUGAGGGGGUCAAGCCCUGGAGGCUACAGCCUCAGGAGAUCAGUCCACCCCCCACUGCCAACUUGGAUCGCUCCAACGAUAAAGUAUAUGAGAAUGUGACAGGGCUGGUGAAAGCUGUGAUCGAGAUGUCUAACAGGAUUCAGCCUGCAGCCCCAGAGGAGUAUGUCCCCAUGGUCAAGGAGGUAGGUCUGGCUCUGAGGACUCUGCUAGCUACAGUUGACGAGACGAUUCCUGUGCUGCCAGCUAGCACACACAGAGAGAUUGAAAUGGCCCAGAAAUUAUUGAAUUCAGAUCUGGCAGAGCUGAUAGCAAAGAUGAAACUGGCCCAACAGUACGUCAUGACGAGUUUGCAAAAGGACUACAAGAAACAGAUGCUCAUGGCAGCUCACGCCCUUGCCGUCGACGCCAAGAACCUGCUGGAUGUCAUUGACCAAUCGCGGCUCAAGAUGAUCACCCAGACCCGCCCACAUUAGCCCAGGACCCAUUUGCGCCCGGGUGGCUGCAGGGUCAAGAGGUCAUGUUGCUGUGGAGUGCAGUGGAAGAGAACAUUAACAUGGAUAUUGAUGAUGGAUGGAUUAAAAUUGACUGAUGGACAGCUGACAUGACUGACACAAACAAUCAGAUCUCUCUUCUUCCACCUCAAAAACAGUGAUCACAAGUUUUGAGUUCACAGUCAUGAGUUGGUUCCAUUAUUGUGUUGUUUUUGUACUUUUGUUGCAUUAUUUUUAAUUUUAUAUCCAGAGAAACAAUCUUCCCUCCCUUCACGUAUCCUGAAAAAUCCUCCACGUUUUUAAUAAUCAAUGAAGAGAAUGAGGUUUCAGAGACUCGCUGUGCAGGAUUGUACAGACAUUUGUGGUGAACUGACACAGCAUCACACACAAAACACAAGACUCUCCGCAAUAGGCAAGAUUCAACAACUGGAACUGAAGAACCAGACAGCAGAGGAUAAUGAAGAUGAUUUCAUAAUGUUGUUGUUUAAACAUGCUUUUAUAUCAGUAUUAAUUAUUAUUAUUGUUGCUAGUUUAAGCCUUGACUCUUUCUAAAGCAGUUUCUCAGUCUUCCUCUUGACACUUGUAUGAGCACACACAUUUACAGCACAGCUGCUCAGAAAUGUCUUGAUUUCAACUUCUUUCCCCUCCCCCCAUCUUCUUCCCCGUGUCUCUCUAUCUCAGGCAUCAAGACAUAAAAAUGAAAUAUGAAAGGUGUCUUCUUAUGAAUCAAAACUGCCAUGGGCCACUUUUUAAGUUAACAAACAUAGUAAAUAUACAAAGAAUCUAUAUUUUUAACACACUUCUAAGACAUGAGUUUCAAGUGAAUAAUGGAGGUGGAUGAAAGGGGGAGAAUGAGGGGAUGGAGGAGUGGGGGAGGUGGACGGAGGGUAAUUUUUUUCUGCUUUCAUGGAGGUGCCCACUAAACUGUACUUUAGGUCACCCAGUGCCAAAUGAAUAGACUACAAAAAGGAACAUUUCACUCAAAAUGCAGAUUAUGUAGAAUUCAAGAAGCCAUUCUUUAGAGCCAUCGACAUAUUGUUGUAUCAAUCAUAUUCAUUCAAUGUGUAACUGACACCUCUUUCAGAUUGGUCAGUCCUGUUCAUUUUCAAUUUAUCUAUGAAAAAACGUUGAUCUUAAAUCUGCUUGUAUUUAGAUCUGUUGAUCUUUAUUAUGGUGUAACUGGCUGCACUGAAUGUGAAUUGGUCCAUAAGUCUGCCUUUUUUUUGUAGCAAAUUUCUCUUAAAGCCAAAAAAAACCCAUUUGUUAAAUUAUGGGCUGCAUGCUGAAAUGGGACACAGGUCUUGUUCACAUGGUUUAUGAUUCACAAUGUGUCCAAAAUUAUUUGUAUUAUUUGUUGUUUCUCUCUUCCCUCAGUCUUCCCGUCUUCCUCCUCUUCUGGAGUUAUUUAUACCUUUUUAUUCCCUCUCUUCUUUUGUCAUUUCUUUCAGCUCUGCCUUCCUCUCCUCCCUCGUUUCGCUCCCUCCAUUCCUCUGUUCCCUUUCCUCCAUGGUGAGCAGUAUUCUCAGGAAGGAGCCACAUGUACAGUUGCUAAACUAAGCAAAUAAAACACUGUUAUCAUGCA